AUGCCCAGGGACGACCUCGAGUUUCCCAGUCCUAUGGAGAACACCGGGAUGAAGCGGACGGCGUCUUACAGCAGCUUUCUCUCAAAAAAGUCAAGGCCGCUGUACAAACCAACACUCCAGCACGCUCGUGCCCUGAGCGGACAGCUCCAUCCGCCAGACACAUACUCGGCACCCGUUGACGACUCUCUUCCUACGACUCUGACAAAGACGCCCACGUACGAAUACUAUGGAUUCGUACUCUACCUCGUCUCCGGUAUCACCUAUGGUACCUUCGAGGCUCUCGAUAUUGUUCUUGCUCGCAAUUUGGCGACGCCAAUGUAUUUGGGAUGGGCGUAUCUACCAAAAGAGAUUCUGGACUCGAUGGGCAUCACCUACUACCCUAGCAAGUACGUCUCCCCUGCUGCUAUUUCACUAGCGUACGUUGUCGUCAAACCCAACAAGAAUGAACAUGCAAACCCGUUUUUGACAAUGAACUCGGCUUCGUCGCUCACAGAUGAUUAUGUACCGGAUCUCAUGGAUAUCCCGAUCGGCAUGGUCAACGCAUGUCUCUACCAACAUAUCGAGGGCAUCUCGGACGAGGAAGAGGAAGGCGAGGAGGAAUAUGAUGAAGAGUAUGAUGGAUCGUACUUUGAUGAUACCAAUCUCAGCGACUGGGACGGUUCUGCGGAUCUCUAG